AUGCCUACUUACGCUGUAUUUGGCGCUACAGGAAACGUCGGCACUGCCCUGAUGAAAGUGCUCCUUGAUUCGUCAGACAAUCACAUUCACGCGUAUUGUCGAUCACGCGACAAGCUAGAAAAACUCGUGCCUGAAGUUUCAUCAAGUCGAAAUGUCCAGACAUUCGAAGGCAGCGCUGACGACAUCGAUCUGUUGGCAAGCUGUCUCCGCGGCACGAAAGCUGCUUUCCUAGCUCUCGCCCCACCGGGCAACCAACCGGGCGGAACACUUGUAUAUGACUUCUCGACCAAGAUCAUCGCAGCAUUGAAGCAGCUUCGCACUCAGCAGGUGGCUCUACCAAAGCUCAUCGUGCUUUCGUCGGCAUCAACUGAGCACAGACUCAUGGCAGGGACACCGAAAUUCCUCCUCGGCAUUCUUUAUCGAGCGUUCCAUCAUACCUAUGAGGACCUGAAGGCAGCCGAGCAGCUUUUAAAAUCAGAGGAAUCGCUCGUCAGCGCGACCUUCAUCAAACCUGGGGCUUUGACGGACGACAAGCGCAAUGGAUUCGUACUCAGCUUCACGGAAGCCAAGUCACCACUCUCAUUUCUGGACCUUGCUGCAGGAAUGGUUGAAGUCGGCCAGGACAUCUCGGAAAGAUAUGAUGGAAAGUCGGUCGCAGUCAAUGCAACAGGCUCAAAGCAUGCAUCAAACCGUCCAACCGAGACCACCACCAACCACAUCCCUUCCAUGAGCACAAUCACCGACUACGAAAGUGUCUCUUUCCGUGUCGUCACCGCCACAGAAGCCUCCGACGUACCCAUAGCCACCCACGGCGCCGCCUAUGAUUCCUCCAACCAACUCUCCCACGUCUCCGACAACACCAUCGAUCCGAACUUUGCCUAUCGCUACUCGAUCAUUCCCUCCUUCCUUUUCACACCCUACUUCAACUAUGUCAAAGCCAUUGAGUAG